AUGGAAGAAAAGUUAAAUGAAAUGGAACAAGCUGGUAUCAUCACAAGGACAUCAACGCCUUACAGUAGUCCAUUGACAUUCACUCUUAAAAAAGACGGCUCAAUUAGAGUUCUGCUUGAUGCCCGAAGCAUAAAUAAGAAAAUGGUUGCAGAAACAGAGAAACCACCUAUACAAUUAGAUGUUUUGAAUUCAUUUCACGGAGCGAAUUAUAUCACUACCAUUGACUUAAAUAAUGCAUAUUUUCAAAUUCCGAUAAAUAAAGAUGGUAGAAAAUAUACUGGAUUCACAUUCAAUGGAAAGUCAUAUGUAUAUAAUGUUUUGCCGCAAGGAUUAAAAACAUCAGUAGGAAGCUUUAGCAGAGCCAUGAAUUUAAUAUUAGGACCAGAAGUCCAAGAAUUUUGUGUGAACUAUUUAGAUGAUCUAGCCAUUAUUACAACAGGAACGUUAGAUAAACAUUUGGAGCACAUUGAUAUUGUUUUAAGUAAAUUGAACAAAGCUGGCUUAACGUGUAACUUGCAGAAAUGUGAAUUUAUUUGUAAAGAAAUUAAAAUGCUGGGUUUUAUAAUUUCAACAGAAGGAAUACAGACAGAGAUAAAGACAGAUCCCGAUAAGAUUCGAGCGAUCCAAGAGUUUCCAGCACCUAAAAAGAUUAAACAAUUAAGGGCCUUUUUAGGUCUAUGCAAUUUUUAUAGAAGGUUUAUACCAAAUUACAGCGAGAGCAUAAUACCGCUCUGUGAAUUACUUAAAAAGGGACGAAAGUUCCAAUGGAGCGGUAAAGAACAGAAGGCAUUUGAUUUUAUAAAACAACAAUUUAUUAAUACAAUACAAUUGCAUCAUCCAGACUUUAAUAAGCCGUAUUAUUUACAAACAGAUUGUUCCGGUGUGGGUAUGGCCGGAGUACUAUAUCAGAUAGAUGAUAAUAAUGAAAUGAGAAUUUUAGGCUAUCAUAGUAAAGCCUUAAAAGGCCCCGAAUUAAAUUGGUCUGUUACUGAACAAGAGUUUUAUGCUGUAAUAAGCUGCCUAAAGAAAUUUGAAACAUAUUUGAGGGGCAGUAAAGUAAUAAUACUAACUGAUCAUAAAGCAUUAUUGUUUAUUAAUAAUAUGAAGUUAUUCAAUGGUAGAGUAACCCGAUGGAUUUUGUAUAUAGAACAAUUUAAUUAUGAAGUACAGCAUAUAUCGGGUAGACGUAAUAUUGUUGCAGAUGUGCUAUCACGUUAUCCUCCUGAUGGCGAUUUAAUACAAGAGGAUAAAAAUAAUAGUUUAGAAAUUGCUUACACAGAGAGCGAACCGAAUAUUGAGUUGAUAGAAAAAUUAAAAUCCUUAACAGUAUAUCAAUUACAAGAUUCAGAGUCGUUGGCUAUUAUUGAAAAAUUAAAGACAUUAAAUACUUCCAUAAUAAAACAAAACAAUAAAUUUAAAAGAUAUAGUUUGAAAAAUGAUGUAUUAUAUUACAAAACGAAUUUACAAGAAGUAAUAUAUUUACCUAAAGCAUUGAGACAAGAUAUUAUAAAUCAAGUGCAUGUCGAAAUGGGUCAUCAAGGACCCUAUAAGGUAAUUAAAUAUGUGAGAGACAGAUUCUUUUGGAAAGGUUUAACAAAAGAUAUUAAAAACCAAUUAAGGGCUUGUCAUUUAUGUCAGUUAUCUAAGAAAAGCAAUAUAACAUAUGUGGGUCCCUGCAAAUCUAUAAUAACAGAAAACAUUGGCGAUAUAGUCAUGGCAGACUUAUAUGGACCGCUUGUAUCAGGUACCUUUGGUUACACUUUCAUAUUUGUCAUUCAAGAUUCAUUCAGUAAAUUUAUCAAAUUAUAUCCUUUAAAACAGUCAACAGCAAAGUCUGUUGUAACAAAAGUAAAGCAUUUUGUUGAGAUUAUAAAGCCCAAGGCAAUAAUGACAGAUAAUGGAAAACAGUUCGUAAGUAAUCACUGGAAACAAUCAAUGAGAGAUUUAAAUAUAAAGCCAAUAUAUACCACAGUUAGAAAUCCUAGACCAAAUACAACAGAGCGAGUAAAUAAAGAGUUGAGCAGAUUAUUUAGGACGCUUUGUCAUACUAACCACAAAGAUUGGGCAUUAAUAUUGCCGAAGUUAGAAGAAUUGUAUAAUAAUUCUUAUCACAAUAGUACAGGCUUCACGCCUUGUGAAAUUCUUUAUGGUGAGUCUAAUGAGAUGUCUUUUGACAAAGUAAUUUCCAAAAGCAAAGAAAAACAUAAUGUCGAACAAAUUAGACAACAAGUGCGUAAAAAUUUAAAAGAGGCAAGUCGAAUAAGAAACAUAAAAUUUGAUAAGCGAAAUAGAUUAAUAAAAUAUAAUAUUGGUGACUUAGUAAAAAUUUCAAGAUCUAGUAGAUCAGACGCUGAUAAUAAAGUUAUGAGUAAGUUCAAUUUGGCAUAUGAAGGGCCUUAUGUAAUAGCAGCCGUACCAUUUGACAAUGUAUAUACCUUAGCAAAUCCAGAGACAAACGAAAUUAGAGGAAUUUUUAAUGCUAUUCACUUAUUAAAAUAUUUUAAAUAA